AUUCAAUUCAUUCAUUCUUCACAUAACCUAGUUUCAAGUAUUUGAAGGCCGUUAGUUGUUGUUUGUAAUGAAUAAUAUUGUUAUCUUGUUUAUUUCACCUCAAUAUCAUCACUAACAUAAAUGUUAUGUUUCCUGGAAGACUUGUGCAAUGCUCUUCUCUCUGGAAUAGAAUAAAAAAUGUAAAAAUUGGAGAAGGCUACUGCAAUGUAAACCAUAAGUUUGGAUCAAUUGCCUUGCAGAAUCUACCAGUUGUUCCUAAUUCAAACUUUUGCAGGUUGAUUUCGACCCACAAUACUCUACUUGGUCCUUUGAAUAUGGCUCAUUCAGAACCCAGAAAUAGGUUGGCGAAUGAAAAGUCGCCCUACCUCUUACAACAUGCCGGAAACCCCGUGGAUUGGUAUCCAUGGGGCGAAGAGGCAUUCGAGAAGGCCCGCAGUGAGGACAAGCUGAUCUUCCUGUCGGUGGGCUACUCGACAUGUCACUGGUGUCACGUCAUGGAGAAGGAGUCAUUUGAGAGUGAGACGGUGGCUCACAUCAUGAACGAGCACUUUGUCAACGUCAAGGUCGACCGAGAGGAGAGACCUGACGUCGACCGGGUCUAUAUGUCAUUUGUGCAGGUAACAUCAGGUGGAGGUGGUUGGCCGAUGAGUGUAUUCCUCACUCCCGAUCUGAAGCCGAUAGCUGGAGGAACCUACUUUCCGCCUGAAGAUAACUAUGGAAGACCCGGCUUCAAAACUGUCCUGUUCAAAGUCGCCAAACAGUGGAAAGAGGACCGGCAGAAAGUGAAUCAAACCGGCACGAAGAUAGUGGAUGUCCUGAAAAAGACGACGAUAUUCUUCGAUGUGGGAAUGGCCGAUAUCUCCAAUAAGGUUCCUUCCAGUAAGGAGUGCUCCAUGCUGUGCUUCCAGCAAUUGGCAGGCAAUUAUGAAUCGAUGUACGGUGGAUUUGGUUUGGCUCCGAAGUUCCCUCAACCUAGUAAUCUGGAUUUUCUGUUGCACCUGGCGGCCACAAGUGGAUCUAACUCGGUGGAGGGCAGAGAAGCAGCCGCCAUUGUGGAGCAUACUCUCUGGAUGAUGCAGCGGGGUGGCAUACAUGACCAUGUUGCUCAGGGUUUUGCGAGGUACUCGACAGAUGAGAAGUGGCACGUCCCGCACUUUGAGAAGAUGCUCUACGACCAGGGUCAGCUGGCUGUCACUUAUAGCAAUGCCUACCUGUACUUCGAGGACGAACUGUUUGCUGAGACUGUACACGAUAUACUCACCUAUGUGUCCAGGGAUCUCAGUCAUCCGGAAGGAGGUUUCUACAGUGCGGAGGACGCGGACUCGUAUCCCGUGGAGGGAGCGAGUGAGAAGAAAGAGGGAGCGUUCUGUGUGUGGACUCAUGAUGAGAUAAGUCAGCUGUUAUCAGCGCCCCUGGCGGCCAAACCUCAAACAAUACUUGCCGACCUCUUCUGUCAUCACUACCAUGUCAAGAAGGGCGGCAAUGUCGAUCCUGAUCAGGACCCGCACAACGAGUUGACCAAUCAGAACGUGUUGAUAGUGAAAUACAGCGAGCAGGAGACAGCUGAUAAGUUUGGGAUAACCGUUGAAGAAGUUAGGUUAGCUCUGGCAGAAGCUAGGAAGGUGCUGUUUGAGGCUAGGCUGAAGAGACCGAGGCCGCAUUUGGAUAAUAAGAUUAUCACUGCCUGGAAUGGUUUGAUGAUAUCAGGGUACGCACACGCAGCUAAUGCAUUGAACAAUGAGGACUAUAAGAAGAGAGCAAUUCGAGCGGCUGAAUUCAUCAAGAAAUAUUUGUAUGACAGAGAAGAGAAGAAGUUAUUGCGCAGCUGUUAUACUGACAAGGAUGGAUCUAUUGUACAAAUAUCUUCACCAAUCAACGGCUUCCUCGACGACUAUGCCUUCUUGAUACGAGGGCUGAUCGAUUUGUACCAGGCGACGUGGGACGGGGUGUGGCUGGAGUGGGCCCAUGAGCUGCAGUCCACACAGGAUGCCCUCUUCUGGGACAAUGGCUCGGCCGCCUACUUCAGUGCACCCAACACACUCUACAGUCAGCUCUUGUUCAGGCUCAAGGAUGACCAAGAUGGCGCCGAACCGUCGGGCAACUCUGUGUCGGUUGAUAACCUGCUGCGGCUGGCGGCCAUUUUGGAUUCGGCGGACUUCAGCCGCAAGGCGGCCGCCAUUGUGUCGUUGUACCGCAGUCGGCUCACCAGUGCCCCGGCCGCUCUGCCCUACAUGACUCAGGCACUCGCUACGCUCGGCGACUCUCUCACACAGGUGAUAAUAACAGGCAGCCGUGAUAACGCUGAUACUCAACGCCUAUUGGCUGCUGUACAUAGCCGCUAUCUGGCGGGAGGAAUUGUAAUCUUGGCCGACGGUGACACCAGUAGUGUUAUCUAUAGGCAUUCACAGGUGAUACGUCGUAUGAAGCCAAUAAACGACAAGGCUACAGCGUAUGUGUGUCGAAAAAGAACCUGCUCUCUACCUGUUACCACUGCCGAACAAUUGACUGCUCUUCUAGCUGAGGAUCAGUACAACUAGCCACUCUACUGCACUACCCGUCUAAGGUCUAAGCCUCUCUAUUGGUCUACUGCUCUAAGCAAUACAGCAAGUGACUCUGUACAGAGUUCAGGAAUUAGCAGUGAAAUAGUGAAUCUAUGCUGAAGAAUUGACUGCUCUUCUAGCUGAGGAUCAGUACAACUAGCCACUCUACUGCACUACCCGUCUAAGGUCUAAGCCUCUCUAUUGGUCUACUGCUCUAAGCAAUACAGCAAGUGACUCUGUACAGAGUUCAGGACUUAGCAGUGAAAUAGUGAAUCUAUGCCGAAGAAUUGACUGCUCUCCUAGCUGAGGAUCAGGUCAACUAGCCACUCUACUGCACUACCCGUCUAAGGUCUAAGCUUCUCUAUUGGUCUACUGCUCUAAGCAACACAACAAGUGACUCUGUACAGAGUUCAGGAAUUAGCAGUGAAAUAAUGAAUCUAUCUGUUCCACUGCCGAAGAAUUGAGUGCUCUUUUAGCUGAGGAUCAGACCAACUAGCCACUCUACUGCACUACCCCUCUGAGGUUUAAGCCUCUCUAUUGGUCUACUGAUCUAUGCUAGUGACUCUGUACAGUGUUCUGGCACAGAGAAAAGAUAGCAUAAGAAGAUAUCCCAUGGUAUAGGGCGUUUAUGUUCCAGAUUUUACUGUUAACUGAAGCCGUUAGUCUUUUAUUAUUAAGACAGAUUAUUGUAACAGCUGUGCCUAGUGGAAAGUUGUGUGUAUAUUUUUGGCUUCGAAAUUCUCUGGAAUAACUCAAUUUAUUCAAAGUGUGGUGAUAUUAAGUGCAAUAUUUGACUAUAAUUUGGUAUUUUAAUCAUUCUAAAUUCAAAAUUUCUAGCUCAUAUAUAUUUUUGGACAGAACUUUGAACUUAAGCAGGUUACUUUCUCAUUAAGAACAUAACCUAUUUUUUCGGACAUUUUAUCAUUUAUCAAAAUUUGGGAACAGAAUAGUUUUGAGCUAUGCCUGUUGUUCUAUCCCGAUCAUAUUCAUAUGAUUUGUAAUUAUAUCAACAAAUAAAUAAAAAUAGUCCUAGUAGUUGUUUUUGGUGAAGCUAUGUGACGCUGGUAGUCUCUCAUACUGUGCCGUUCUUUCACUCUCACCCCAACGAAACAGUAAUAUUAGACAGUAGUCGACAUUAAUUGGCUUAAGUUGACAAAAAUCAGCUUAAAAUUCCGGAACAUAAACGACCUAUACCAUGGGAUAUCUACUUAUGCUCUCUUUUCUCCAUGGUGCAGGUUAUUAUUGUGAGCACUCCAUUGUUCUACUAGUCUAAGCAAACAACUCUAUUGUUUUUCUGUUCUAAGCAAUACAAGGUUGUUGAGUGGUAGAAUAAAUAAAUGAUAUUGAUGUUGAAUAAAUAAAUAUAAAUGUAUGCAUAAUUUUGGCAAAUAAUUUAAUUAUGACUGUCAUAACAUUUCAUCAGCUUUAUUCCGACACACCAUCUGUACAGCAAGCUUUAGAUUUACUAAUAAUUUGCUCCAGCAUUUGUAUAUUAAGUUGUAUACGGAAAAGAUCUAUGUGAUAACUAUUUUUAUGUAGUAUUUUAUGAUGAAUUAACUAAUGUAUCUUAGUAAUUUAUUCAGGUUUCAAUUAUUUAUUAUGUUGAUAUAUCCAGAUGUUAUGAUGUGAAAAAAGCAUACAUUUUUCCUGUUAGAUUCUAAUAAACAAUAAUAAUUAGUGCCGGUUGCACAAAAGCCGGAUAAAUUUUAAUCGUGAUUAAUUCCACGAGAAUCAAUCAGAGAAGCCGUCUUAUCAAAAAGGCCUUCUCUGAUUGGUUCACGUGAAAUUAAUCACGGUUAAAAUUUAACCGGCUUUUGUGUAACCGGGCCUUAGCCUAUUUUAUUGGAUAGGAACUGUAUAGGCUAAUGUAGAAAUUCAAGUUGGACCAUUUAAGUACUGUACUUCAUUUGGAUUUAUCCAUCAGAAUUUAUAUUAUUGGAAGAUCUAAAUGCAGUGAUUCAAUACUGUAAAUAUGAGUUAUAAUAAAAAUUGUUGUCAUGUUA